CCAAUGCAUUAUGGUAUUUCGUUGUGUUUUGCAAGGAAUAUUACGCCGUAUAUCUGAUUUAAUCACUCUCUCUAGUGUACUAAUCCUUUUUGAUCAAAAUUUGUUUUAUUUCUUUCUGUAUAACCAUAAAAACAUGGAAGAAGGGACACUCCCUUUUGACUGAUGAGUAUUUUCCAAUGCACAUUCUGGAAAGGAACUCAGUUCUUGGAAUUGUGGCGUUGGUGUUUGAAAUCUUAAAGCCAAUAAAACUCUUCUUGUUGUUGGGGAAGGGUACAUUAGAAGCUAAACCACGUUCAUCUUGGAACCAUACACACAUGAAACCUGCUCUUGUUCUUUAGCUCUAGUUCCUCUAAUCUUGCAUGUUUUGCCUUAAUUUUCUCCAUGUCUGAGAAAGCCAAGUUCUUCUCUAGAUCUCUUUUCUUUCUAAUUACCAUCUCUAUCUUCCUUUUGAUCCUUUCUUCUUUUUCCCUUGUUCAAUUUCCCGGUACUCAUUUCAUUCCCAGAUCAGUUUUCAAGCUAAUUCUUGUUAAUAACACAUCAUUUUUCUUGAAACCCAAUGCCCAAACUGAACUUGUCAAAUUUCCCUUCUUCUCUUCCACUGAUACUAAUUUGUCAAUGAGAUGUGGAAGUUUGUCUUGUCCAAACACCAAUGUGGGUGCUUCUAGAUGCUACAGAAACAAAACAUGUGGUCGAAACCAGGCUCUCCGAAAGCUGAAGGUAUUUGUGUAUGAUUUGCCUCCAGAGUUUCACUUUGGAUUAUUGGGUUGGAAGGGAAAUACAAAUCAAACUUGGCCAAAUGUUGACAGCCACAGUCGUAUCCCACCAUACCCAGGUGGGUUGAAUUUACAGCAUAGUGUGGAGUACUGGCUAACCCUUGAUCUUCUGGCAUCAAACACUCCAAAGGUGGGCACCGCAGUAAGAGUGCAAAAUUCUAGUCAGGCAGAUAUUGUUUUUGUGCCGUUUUUCUCUUCUCUAAGCUAUAAUCGGCAUUCUAAACUACAUGGAAAGGAGAAAGUCAGUGUUAACAAAAUGCUGCAGACUAAAUUAGUGCAAUUUUUGACGGCUCGGGAUGAGUGGAAGCGGUUUGGGGGGAACGAUCAUUUGAUUGUAGCCCAUCAUCCGAAUAGCAUGUUACAUGCCAGAAAAAAGCUGGGUUCAGCUAUGUUCGUGCUUGCAGAUUUUGGGAGAUACCCUGUUGAAAUUGCCAAUCUUGGGAAAGAUAUAAUUGCUCCUUACAAGCACGUUGUGAGGACCAUUCCGAGUGGUGAAUCAGCUCAGUUUGACCGCAGACCAAUAUUAAUGCAUUUCCAAGGAGCAAUUUAUAGAAAGGACGGAGGAGCUAUUCGCCAAGAACUUUACUACCUUCUAAAAGAUGAGAAAGAUGUGCACUUCACAUUUGGAACAUAUCGAGGGAAUGGAAUUAAAAAAGCAGCCCAAGGGAUGGCUUCAUCCAAAUUCUGUCUGAAUAUUGCUGGGGAUACCCCUUCCUCCAAUCGCCUGUUUGAUGCCAUUGCAAGUCAUUGUGUUCCUGUGAUAAUAAGUGAUGACAUUGAGCUACCAUUUGAAGAUGUCCUAGACUACUCAGAAUUUUGUCUAUUUGUUCGAGCAUCUGAUGCUGUUAAGAAAGGGUAUUUACUGGAUCUUCUUCAUAGAAUUGAGAAAGACCAGUGGACCAAGUUGUGGGAACGAUUAAAGGAAAUUGCUCCUCACUUUGAAUAUAGCUAUCCAUCCCAGGCCGGUGAUGCUGUGGAUAUGGUUUGGAAGGCUGUGUUACGUAAAACAUCUUCAGUGCAAUUUAAACGUCACAGGAAGAACAGAUAUGCGAGGCCAGAAGCUUUCCUGAAGAGAAUUUAACUUUAGAAAAAUGCUACUUCAAAGCUCAAGAAAGUCCUUGUUCAGCUGACAGCAGGUUUUGGGAUCAGAUUUCAAGCUUGGUUUUUCUGAAGAUCUGUCAAGGCAGUUGUUUUCCUGGGUAUUACUGUUUACUUUAUUUCUCAUAUUUCUUGUUUAAUUACAAUCUUCCAUGUAGGGAUCUGUUUACAGAGCACUCCGGUACACUAGUUUUUGUGCCUAUCCACUGUUCCCUCUUCAUUUUUCGAGUGGACUGAACAUUAAGCAUUAAACAUCUAAGAAAGACUUCGAGUUAUAAAUUGAGUUUUAGAAA